AUGACCUCUGGUUGGAAUAUUAUCAGUCAAAUGAGCCCAAAAGACAAAAGACCCAUCAGUUCAUCCUGCCAUUACAAUUCAGUAAAUCUCAACGAAAAAUUCAUUUUCACUCGACCAUUAACUGUAACCGGCGCUUACUUAUAUCCUUCCGGUGAAAUUCUCUUCCACCAAAUGACCCUAGACAGAAUUGAAAACGACGAGUACAUGCUUCAGAACAACGAUUUCAAGGAACACUCUCCAGUUCUUCGAAUUCCCCUCAAGAACCCAUAUUAUGCCGCUUAUGAGUAUUUCUGUGAUAUCUAUUUCAAAACCCAAUGCAAUUUAUACGAAGACGAUGAAAUCAAGCUACAAAUCGUGAAUGAUGAAUACGGAAACAUGGAUGAGAAUACUUGGUAUCUUCUUCCUGAAGCAUACACCCUCGAACUCAUCCCAACUUUUCCCAUUGAGGAUGUUAUUAAAGUCAAAAGCAAUGCAAAAGAUCUCGCCGAUAAUUUGAAAGCGAUGGGAUUCGAAAAUCAAGCAAUUUGUGAUGCGGUCUCCUGUUGCAAGGGGGAUAUUGUCAACGCAGUCGACUUGCUGAUGGCAGCCACGAUAAAUGGCGAAAAUAAGAAUUCGAUUUUGUAA